AUGGAUCCCAUCUCACGCCCUUCCUCGACCUCGACACAAAACUCGACGUUGCACCACAGUGCUUCGCUCCCACAGCUUCCUGGCCUCUCUGCUCUCGCAUCCCUCGCGUCUACGAAUAACUCUCCGCAAUUGAGGGCAUUCAACGUUCCCAGUCCGAUGGGCUUCUCGACAUCCUCACCCUCUGCCACCACGGGAGGAGGCCAGAGCAAUUCACCGCCUACGUGCCAAAACUGCACUACCUCGACGACUCCCCUCUGGCGACGAGACGAGAUUGGCUCCGUGCUCUGCAAUGCCUGUGGCCUAUUCCUCAAACUCCACGGCAGACCUCGGCCGAUAAGCCUGAAGACAGAUGUUAUCAAGAGUCGCAACCGCGUUAAGAGUUCCGGUUCUGCACAGGGAGCCAAGAAGAAGAGUGUAUUCGACUCCAAUGGUCUCGAGCAGACGCGAUCGCAAGGAGGAACUCCACCCCCCGGAGCCAUCGGUCAUCGACGAACCUCCCAAAAAUCCGCGAACGGUCACUCUGAUGGCUCGAACUCUCCCAUCUCCCGUACUGCGACGCCCUCGUUGUAUGCUCAUAUGCCCACUUUCAACGGCCGCACCCUCGAUGAUCCCUACAAUCACUCCCCAUCGCUGCCACAACUCCACCUUCGUCAACCAUCUCCCGGCCGCUCUGCCUCCCCCUUGAACGGAGCACACAGCCUUGAAGUCCCCCCAACCUUCGAGCAGCUUAUCGCCCAGAACUCCGCCCUCAAGACCCGCGUCAGCGAACUCGACCUCAUCAACGAGCUGUUCCGUGGCCGGGUUACACAACUUGAGCAAGACGAGCAAAACGCUAGGAGAGGCGAAGAGAUGCGUCGAGACUCGGAGCAAGAUCUGAUGAGACGUCUCGAGGAGUCGCAACGCCGCGAGAACCAGCUCAAGCGCCGCCUCGACGACGUAGAGCGCGAACUCGGCGAGUUGCGUGACGGAGCCCCUCGUGCGAAAAAGAUGCGCGUUGCGGACAUGGUCGGCGAUUCUGAGUGUUCAACUCCUCAAUCAACCACAUAG